AUGGCAACCAUGGUGAACAUGAAUAGCCUCCUGAACGGAAAAGACUCUCGUUGGCUGCAACUCGAAGUGUGCCGCGAGUUCCAACGCAAUAAGUGCUCGCGACCCGACACUGAGUGCAAGUUCGCGCAUCCUCCGGCCACCGUUGAAGUGCAGAAUGGAAGAGUCACCGCUUGCUAUGAUAGUAUCAAGGUAUUAGUCAAUCCAGCUAUAAAUAGAGCUGAUAUAUUUGCGAUGAAGUCCGCCAUCUUAGUGCAAAUUGUCACCACAUGUACCAAACGCAAUCGAGAGCUGAUCAAACAAGCCGCCCUCGCCCGCAUCCCGCCGCGACGCGAAAACGUCUCUCGUGAU